CUCCCCUCAGGCAAGAGUGUCUCCGUGCCCUCCAGUCUUCGCCAUGGCCGAUACAUAUGCGGUGGUGCAGAAGCGCAGGGCUACUUCAGGCCCCAGGUCAGAGUCUGGGGCAUGCAGCACGGAGGGGGCACUGCUCUACAGCCAUGUGACGCCGGGCACCCGCUGGCCUCAGGCACCCACAGAGGAGGGGGCACAGCUGGGCGGUGUUCCUGCUGACCCCAGCCCUACUGGGCCAGGCACAUAUGAGGACGUGGCUGGUGGAUCUCAGACCAGUGGUCUAGGUUUCAACCUACGCAUUGGAAGGCCGAAAGGGCCCCGGGACCCUCCUGCGGAGUGGACCCGGGUGUGAAUGCUGUGCCCAGCCUGCUUACGACCUCACAUGGGUGCCUGGACUGCUGAAGGUUGUGCUCUGCUUUGUGAAGUGUUGGGAAUGGAAACACUGGGCCUGGAUCAAAAUAAAAUUUCACUGAGU